GUCUUCGCCAUGACUUAGCGCUUUCUCGCAAUUCGCAUCAGGUCGUCUCUGCAACUUCAUGCGUCGCGUUCCUUUGCAAGAUCGGUGGAAGUUAGAAAUUGAAGCUGUAAGAUCUCUUACUCACCUUGCUCCUGGGUUCGGAUGGAUUCACCUGUGGGUGGUCCAAAAAAGACGUCCAUUGUUGUUGUUACCUUAGACACUGGUGAGGUCUACAUUGUUGCUAGUUUGUUUUCCAGGCCUGACACUCAGGUUAUCUACAUUGAUCCCACUACUGGAAACCUGAGGUAUAAUGGAAAUCCUGGUCGCGGCAAUUUCAAGUCUGAGCGUGAAGCCCUAGAUUAUAUCACAAACGGUUCGAAAUGGAGUUGCAGAAGUACAAUUUAUGCCAGGGCAAUACUUGGGUAUGCUGCCUUGGGAAGCUUUGGGUUGCUUCUUGUUGCGACCAAGCUAAAUCCAAGUAUUCCAGAUUUGCCUGGCGGGGGCUGUGUAUAUACAGUGACUGAGAGUCAGUGGAUCAAAAUACCGCUUCAAAAUCCACAGCCGCAGGGGAAAGGAGAAGUGAAAAAUAUUCAGGAGUUGACAGAGCUUGAAAUUGAUGGGAAGCACUACUUCUGUGAGACUAGAGACAUUACUCGGCCCUUCCCAAGCCGUAUGCCACUGCAAAAGCCUGAUGAUGAAUUUGUUUGGAAUAGAUGGUUAUCCAUGCCAUUUAAGAAUAUUGGGCUGCCUGAAUUCUGUGUGAUUCUUCUGCAGGGGUUUGCAGAAUAUCGACCAUUCGGGAGCUCGGGUCAGAUGGAAGGAAUUGUUGCUCUUAUGGCUCGUCGUAGCAGACUGCAUCCUGGUACACGUUAUCUGGCCAGGGGCUUGAAUUCGUGUUCUGGUACAGGUAAUGAAGUCGAGUGUGAGCAGAUUGUAUGGAUCCCUAGAAGACCUGGUCAGAGCAUUCCUUUUAACACAUACAUCUGGCGACGUGGCACCAUCCCAAUUUGGUGGGGUGCGGAAUUGAAGAUCACAGCUGCAGAAGCCGAAAUUUAUGUGGCAGAUGGGGAUCCAUAUAAAGGAAGUACAGAAUAUUACCAGAGGUUAAGCAAGCGUUAUGAUACUAGGAAUCAGCAUGCACCUGUUGGGGAAAAUCAGAAGAAAAAGGCCUUUGUUCCUAUCGUGUGCAUUAACUUGCUUAGAAAUGGAGAAGGAAAAUCGGAAUCUAUCUUAGUUCAGCAUUUUGAGGAAUCGAUGAACUAUAUCAGAUCAAGCGGAAAGCUUCCUUACUCUCGUGUUCAUUUAAUAAAUUAUGAUUGGCAUGCCAGUGUGAAACUGAAAGGAGAACAACAAACAAUUGAAGGAUUAUGGAUGUAUCUAAAAUCGCCCGCUAUGGCGAUAGGAAUUUCUGAAGGCGAUUAUUUACCAUCACGGCAACGACUGAAAGACUGCAGAGGUGAGAUCAUCUGUAAUGAUGACAUUGAAGGUGCCUUCUGCUUGCGAUCCCAUCAAAAUGGAGUGAUACGUUUUAACUGUGCUGAUUCUUUGGAUCGAACAAAUGCGGCUAGUUUCUUUGGUGCUCUUCAAGUGUUUGUAGAGCAAUGUCGAAGUUUGGGGAUAUCUCUUGAUACUGAUUUGGGAUAUGGAUAUAAUUCUACCAAUAGCUAUGGUGGCUAUGCUGCUCCAUUGCCGCCUGGCUGGGAAAAGAGGACCGAUUCAGUCACUGGAAAAUCAUACUAUAUAGAUCAUAAUACUAAGACAACGACGUGGAAUCAUCCUUGUCCAGAUAAACCAUGGAAGAGAUUUGACAUGACUUUCGAGGAGUUCAAGAGAUCAACAAUCUUAUCUCCUGUGUCCGAGCUAGCAGAUCUUUUUUUGCAACAAGGUGAUAUCCACGCAACCCUCUACACUGGCUCGAAAGCUAUGCACAGCCAAAUUCUUAACAUCUUCAGUGAAGAAUCGGGAACAUUCAAACAGUUCUCUGCAGCACAAAAGAACAUGAAAAUUACGUUACAAAGAAGAUACAAAAAUGCAAUGGUUGAUAGUUCAAGGCAAAAACAGCUGGAGAUGUUUCUGGGAAUGAGGCUUUUCAAGCAUCUUCCAUCCAUCCCUGUUCAGCCUUUACAUGGACUUUCUCGACCAAGUGGGUUUUUCCUGAAACCUGUACCGAGCAUAUCUGCAAGUUCCAAUGAUGGGUCCAGUCUGCUAAGUUUCAAGAGGAAAGACAUAACUUGGGUAUGUCCACAAGCUGCAGAUUUUGUUGAAUUAAUUAUCUAUCUUGGUGAGCCUUGCCAUGCAUGUCAACUUUUGCUAACGGUAUCUCAUGGUGCGGAUGAUUUAACAUAUCCAAACACUCUGGACGUGAGGACUGGACGCCACAUAGAUGACCUUAAAUUAGUUGUUGAGGGUGCUUCAAUACCUCGCUGUGCAAGUGGCACAAAUCUUCUGAUACCUUUGCCAGGGCCAAUUAGUACCGAGGAUAUGGCUGUUACUGGAGCUGGUGCACGUCUUCAUGAAAAGGACACAUCGAGUCUUUCUCUGUUGUACGAUUUUGAAGAAUUAGAAGGAGAAUUGGAUUUCUUAACCCGUGUAGUGGCUGUUACUUUCUAUCCUGCUGACUCUAAUAGAAAUCCCAUGACACUCGGUCAGAUAGAAGUCCUAGGAGUUUCUCUUCCCUGGAAAGAAGUAUUUGCUAAUGGAGGGACAGAAGGAAGAUUAGCUCAGCUGGCAAGGAAAACAAAUGAGGAUAAAAAUCCUAUUUCAUCUUGUUCUGAUUCCAAUCCGUUUGCUGCAACAUCUUUACAGACUGAAGCACUGUCCACACCAAUCCAACAGCAAAACCCAUUUCCCAGUGAUCUGGUUGACCUUUUGACUGGAGAGAUCAUUUCUCCGGAUCCCAUAUCACAACCAAUGGUUGAACAUGUUGCAAGGCAGGACAGUGAUUUGCUUGACUUCUUAGACCAAGCAGUUGUUGAAUAUCAUGGCUCUGAAACUGUUCCCAGUGGAUCUUCCCCGCAAGGUCAAAGGCCCAAUGAUAGCAAUGCUCAAUUGUACUUAAAUUGUCUGAAGUCCCUUGCAGGUCCAAACAUGGGAAAGAAGCUAGACUUUGUAGAAGCCAUGAAGCUUGAAAUUGAGCGUCUACGUCUGGAUCUUUCUGCAGCAGAAAGGGACAGGGCUCUGCUGUCUAUUGGAACUGAUCCUGCCACUAUUAAUCCAAACUCUUUGCGUGAUGAGAUUUACAUUGGAAGAUUGUGCAGAAUUGCAAAUGCCCUUGCAGUACUGGCUCAAGCUUCUCUCGAAGACAAAAUUAUAGGUUCAUUUGGCCUAGGGAAUUCGGAUGAUAAUGCGAUAGAUUUCUGGAACUUUACUGGCACUGGUGAGGGUUGUUCUGGUGGAGGGUGUCAAGUGCGAGCUGAGAUCAAUAAAAAUCCGGCUGGAUUUUCUACCAAGAGUUCUGGAGGAGACUCGAGAUCAGUGUUCUUGUGUCGUCAAUGCAUGAAGAAAGCUUGCAAGGCUUGUUGUGCUGGAAGAGGAGCUCUAUUGCUUUCGAAUUAUAACCCUAGGGACCUUGCAAAUGGAAGCAGUGUUGGAGCUGCUCGAGUUGAUGUGCCUGCAAAUUCAUUAGGUUUAGAUAAUUUUGUUUGUAAAAAAUGCUGCAGCACGAUAGUGCUUGAAGCCUUGAUUGUAGAUUAUGCUAGGGUCUUGGUCAGCUUGCGGAGAAGUGGCCGUGUUGAUAAUACUGCCCGUGAAGCUUUGAGUGAGGUAUUCGCUCCUGCCUCUGGAAAUGAGCUAUCUGUUAGAAAUCAAUCUUUUCCUUGUCAGCUAGACUAUAAAUCCCUUCGUCAAGUUCUCGGUCAAGAGGAAUCACUUGCUGAGUUCCCAUACGCAAGCUUUUUACAUAAGGUUGAAACAGGAGCUGUUUCAGCACCGUUUUUGUCAUUGCUCGCUCCUCUGAUUUCUGGUCCGUGUAAUUCUUACUGGAAAGCUCCCUCUGGCGUGAACUCUGUUGAAUUUGCCAUCGCUCUCAGUAACCUUUCGGACGUAAGCAGUGUGAUCUUGAUCAUUAGUCCAUGUGGUUACUCAGACGCUGAUGCUCCUACAGUUCAAAUCUGGAGAGCGGUCAUUGAUGGGAAAAUGGGAUGUUGAGUCCCUGAUUAGAUCUUCAACUGAGUGUUAUGGUCCAGAAAAAUCUGGCAGAGAGGAUAGAGCACCGAGGCAUAUCAAAUUUUC